AUGGAAAAAAAAUUUUGGCCAGAUAUAAUAUAUGAUUUAAAAUUAUUAUUGGAAACUGGAGGUAAUCAAGAUGUAUUGAUACAAGCAGGAAAAAAUUCGGAUUAUAAAGAAUUAUAUGCACAUUCACUUAUACUCGGUUGUCGAUCACAAUAUUUUCGUGACGCAUUUUCUAUUAAUUCAAUUGAAAAAAUCGAUGGAAAAUAUAUUAUAAAAAGACCUGAUAUUUCUCCAAGAUCUUUUAGUAAUAUUUUAUGUUACUUUUACGGAGGAACUGUGAUUCUUGAUGAAGAAGAUGGUGUUGAAGUUUUGAAUUUAUAUAUGGCAUCAAAUGAAUUGGAAUUACAUAAAUUAAAGGAUCACGUGGGAGAUUUUUUGAAAAAACAUCAAAGAUAUUUCUUUCAAAAGCAUCCUAUAGAUAUGAUCGAUAUAAUAUUUACUCAUGAUAUAUUUGCUGAUUUACGAGAAUUUUGUUUAAAAACAUUAUGUGCGGAACCUCAUAUAUUAUUAGGUACGGAUAAAUUCAAAUCCCUUUCAGAAGAUGUAUUAAUACAAUUAUUAAAAAGAGAAGAUUUAUUCAUACGUGAAAUAUCUAUAUGGGAUGAUAUACUUGUAUGGGGAUUUGCAAAAAAUCCAUCUUUAGAUAAUGAUGUUAAUAAAUGGUCAAGGGAUGAUAUAGAUUUGAUGAAAAAUACAAUGGAAAAAUUUAUACCUUUAAUUCAAUUUCAUGAUAUUUCGGGUGAAGAUUUUUUUAAUAAAGUUUUACCUUAUGAAGAUUUGAUACCAAAAGAAAUUAAACAAGAAGCUCUCAGAGCUCAUAUGUUACCAGGAACAAGAUCUUCUAUGGCGUCCGUUCCAAAUUUAACUGCUCAAGUUAACGGUCCAAUUCGUCGUGCUACUUUACCAAAGAUUGAUUCCAAAAUAAUAACCACUCAACAUGUAUUAUCAUUUUCAAGUUGGAUUGAUGGAUUUGAAUAUAAGAAUGCUAAAAUAAUUCCUUAUGAUUUUAAUUUAUUAUUACGUGGUAGUCGUGAUGGUAUGGAUCCACAAACUUUUCAUAGAUUAUGUGAUAACAAAGGUCCAACUCUUAUUGUUAUUAAAAUAAGAAAUUCUAAACGAAUUGUUGGAGGUUAUAAUCCUCUAGACUGGGAUUCUAAUGGUAGAAGUAAAACUUCUCCCGAUGGUUUCAUAUUUUCUUUUGAUGAACUUGAAACUCCUAACAUUGGCCGUGUAAAACCCAAUGAAUGUUCUGUACGUUGCUAUAAAGAAUGGGGUGCUAGUUUUGGUAAUUAUGAAGGUGGUAAUGAUUUAGCUAUGAAAAAUAAGGCUGAAUGGAAAUCUAAGCCUGUUUCUUAUCCAGAUAUCAAAAUCCCCAAAAAAUUCAGUUGUAGUGAAUAUGAAGUUUUUCAAAUUAAAAAGAAGCGUAAUUUUUAG